GGUGAAACUGGUAACUAAUAAUAAUAAUAAUGUAAACAUCAAUAUUGGAUUGUUCGUGUGGUGUUUUUUUGCUGUAUGUUACUUAAAUUUUAUGAUUAACUGCAUGCUGAAUACUUUAUAGAAUAAAUAUUUUAGAAAGCAAAAUUAUAAGUUGUAGUAGACAUGGCCGUUCCACCAGCUGCAUUAGUGAACAGGAACAAAAAACAUUUUAUGGGUGUUCCUGCGCCCCUUGGUUAUGUUGCUGGUGUUGGACGAGGAGCGACAGGGUUUACUACACGUUCGGAUAUUGGACCCGCCAGAGACGCAAACGACGUAUCAGACGACCGCCACGCACCACCCAGUAAAAGAAAGAAAGGUCAUCAGAAGGAAGAGGAAGAAGACGAUGACGAAGAUUUGAACGAUUCCAAUUAUGAUGAAUUUUCAGGUUAUGGAGGGUCGCUAUUCAGCAAGGACCCGUACGACAAGGAUGAUGAAGAAGCAGAUGCGAUCUACGAAGCCAUCGACAAGAGAAUGGACGAGAAGCGGAAGGAGUAUCGCGAGAAGCGCCUGAAGGAGGAACUGGAGAGGUACCGGCAGGAGCGACCCAAGAUCCAGCAGCAGUUCAGCGACUUGAAGCGGGGCCUCGUCACCGUGUCCGAGGACGAGUGGCGGAACGUCCCGGAAGUGGGUGACGCACGCAACCGCAAGGCCCGCAACCCCCGCGGCGAGAAGUUCACCCCUCUGCCGGACUCUGUGCUGGCUCGCAACCUGGGUGGCGAGUCCACUGCCUCCAUCGACCCGACAAGUGGAUUGGCCAGCGCUUUUCCAUCGGGCUCGGUGACGCCCGGCAUGCUGACCCCCACCGGAGACCUGGACCUGCGCAAGAUCGGGCAGGCCCGCAACACCCUGAUGAACGUGAAGCUGUCGCAGGUGUCGGACUCGGUGGAGGGCCAGACGGUGGUCGACCCCAAGGGCUACCUCACGGACCUGCAGAGCAUGAUCCCCACGUACGGAGGGGACAUCAAUGACAUCAAGAAGGCCCGUCUGCUGCUCAAGUCGGUGCGGGAGACGAACCCCAACCACCCGCCGGCCUGGAUAGCGUCCGCCCGGCUGGAGGAGGUGACGGGCAAGGUGCAGGCUGCUCGCAACCUCAUCAUGAAGGGCUGCGAGGUGAACCCUAAGUCUGAGGACCUGUGGUUGGAGGCAGCAAGGCUGCAGCCCCCAGACACGGCGCGCGCCGUGAUUGCGCAGGCAGUGCGACACAUCCCCACGUCUGUGCGCAUCUGGAUCAGGGCAGCUGAUUUGGAGCAGGAGACCAAGGCGAAGCGCCGAGUUUACCGGAAGGCACUGGAGCACAUCCCCAACUCGGUGCGGCUGUGGAAGGCGGCAGUGGAACUGGAGGAGCCGGAGGACGCUCGCAUCCUGCUGAGCCGUGCGGUCGAGUGCUGCCCCACCAGUGUGGACCUGUGGCUGGCCCUGGCGCGCCUCGAGACAUACGAGAACGCUCGCAAGGUGCUGAACAAGGCCCGCGAGAACAUCCCGACCGACCGCCAGAUCUGGACCACGGCAGCCAAGCUGGAGGAGGCCAACGGCAACAAGCACAUGGUGGACAAGAUCAUAGAGCGAGCCAUCUCGUCUCUGACGGCCAACGGGGUGGAGAUCAACAGGGAGCAUUGGUUCAAGGAGGCCAUCGAGGCAGAGAAGUCUGGUUCCGUUCAUUGCUGCCAGGUGCUGAUCCGGCACAUCAUCGGCGUGGGGGUGGAGGAAGAGGACUGCAAGCACACGUGGAUGGAGGACGCGGACGCGUGCGCCGCCCAGGGCGCCUACGAGUGCGCGAGGGCCAUCUACGCGCACGCCCUCGCCACCUACCCCAGCAAGAAGUCCAUCUGGCUGCGGGCGGCCUACUUCGAGAAGAACCACGGCACGCGGGAGAGCCUGGAGGCGCUGCUGCAGCGGGCCGUCGCGCACUGCCCCAAGUCCGAGGUGCUGUGGCUGAUGGGAGCCAAGAGCAAGUGGCUGGCCGGGGACGUGCCGGCCGCCCGCGGCAUCCUCUCCCUCGCCUUCCAGGCUAACCCCAACUCGGAGGAGAUCUGGCUGGCGGCUGUGAAACUGGAGUCGGAGAACUCUGAGUACGAGCGUGCGCGGCGGCUGCUGGCGAAGGCCCGGGCGUCUGCCCCCACGCCGCGCGUCAUGAUGAAGUCUGCCAAGCUGGAGUGGGCGCUGGACAAUCUGGACCAGUCCUUACGGCUGCUCGACGAGGCCAUCAAGGUUUUCCCAGAGUUCCCCAAGCUGUGGAUGAUGAAGGGACAGAUAGAGGAGCAGCAAAGUAAAGUGGAGAAAGCGUUUGAGACAUACAGUGCGGGCAUCAAGAAAUGCCCGAGUGCUGUGCCUCUGUGGAAGCUGUUGUCAUCCCUGGAGGAGCGCCGGGGCAUGUUGACCAAGGCUCGCUCUGUUCUGGAGAAGGGCCGCCUGCGGAACCCCAAAUGCGCGGAUCUGUGGCUAGAAGCUGUCCGUGUUGAGUUCAGGUCAGGGCUGCGGGACAUCGCCAACACGCAGAUGGCCAAGGCCCUGCAGGAGUGCCCCAGCUCCGGGAUCCUGUGGGCGGAGGCCAUCUUCCUGGAGCCCCGGCCCCAGCGCAAGACCAAGAGCGUGGACGCCCUGAAGAAGUGCGAGCACGACCCGCACGUGCUGCUGGCCGUGUCCAAGCUGUUCUGGUGCGAGCGCAGGAUACAGAAGUGUCGCGAGUGGUUCAACAGGACGGUGAAGAUCGAGCCGGACCUAGGGGACGCGUGGGCCUACUUCUACAAGUUCGAGCUGCUGAACGGCAGUGAGGACCUGCAGGAGGAGGUGAAGAAGCGCUGCGUGGCGGCGGAGCCCCACCAUGGCGAGCACUGGUGUCGCGUCUCCAAGGACAUCCGCAACUGGCGCUUCGGCACCGAGCACAUACUCGCGCUGGUCGCCAAGGACCUGCCCAUCCCCGUGUGAACUCCCGUCUCAGUCGCUUCGCAUCCCUGCAAGACAUUUAUUAAGUGGUGUAAUUAUUUACUACCCACCAGUGUUAUAGUAUGUUGCAGUGUAUUAUCUAAUUGUAAUACUCCCAAUACAACAUAACCUAUUGAGAUGAGAAGACAAUACUGCAUGAACACAGACUUGUUCGCGUUAAUUGUAUCUUUAAGUACAAAGUGGCACGAACUUGAGCUCACUUGUACGGGUGUGGUGGAGAUAGCAAUGAAUCAUCAAGUGUAGCAGUCUAUCUCCCAAAGUCUUUUGGGGAGUUUAUUACUUAUUAGUUGUUAAGAAAACUAUUGUUCAAUUUUUUGUUGUAAGAAACAUGUCACUAAGUUAUUGUGUGCAGAAGGAAAUAAAAUACAUUGUGUCAUAGUAACUGUUUGUGUAAGUAUGUAGUUGCAUGAAAUCUUUCCACCGCAGCCGUGUAUCUUAAAAAUAUCCAAAAAUAAAUAAAUACGUAUAAGGGUAGCAGAAUAUUGAUUCUAGGUAGUACUCAUGCAACUUGAAAUGGUGGUUUUUGCUGUGAAACUUAUUUUCUAGAGCAUGAGGAUAAAACAAAAUGUUUUACAAUAUUGUGGCUAUUACUAGGAAGAGAUAAGUGGAACGUAUACACAGUAACACAGUAAGUAUAUUUUUCAUUUUUUUAUUUGUUAGUCGUACAAUUAACUUAUGUAUAACUUAUUUAAUUUUUCAGUGAUUUUUCAUAAACAUUUUUGAUGUGAAUAUUUAGAUUGCAUGAAAUUAAGGAUUUUACACCAGACGCAAAUAUACUUGUAAAAUGUACAUGAUGGUAUAUAUACUUUUACCUCUCUUUUAACUGUUGUUAAAGGAUGUGAUGAGAUACAACUACUUUGUAUAUAUGUUAGAAAUUAGACCAGGGUCGUAUUGUCUCAGUUCGAUAAUAAGGCACUAUUUUAAGUAAAGUCACCGAUUGGCUAAAUUAGGCCAAGGGACAAUUACUGUAACCAUAAGGUAAUAUUUAUAAGAGGAUCAAAGAAAUUCUGCUUGAUAUGUAAGAACAGAAAAAAAGUUAUACUUACAAUCAGAUUUGUAGCUCAAGGAAAGUAAAUAAAUAAAAUGUUAUUGCA